AUGCCUAGACACGGACAUUCUCGUCAACACCAAGUAGCCGACGAGCGACGCCAGGCUCAAGCGGCAUACGAGGCCCAGCAGGCAUAUCUGGCUCAACAACAAGAGGAAGCUCAGCAGGAACUUCAGGCCCAACAGCAAUGGGAGAAUCAGAUGACGACAUACCAAUCUGACUUGCCGUACGAGUCUGACUGGACAUAUUCAGUUCAACAAGAAUAUGAUAAUCAACAGGCGUGGGCCGCACGCCACAUUUACGACGCUCGAAAGGCAGAUCCGAAUCGCAUCGCACGUCAGGCUUGGGUUACUGAAGAAACUUGCGACGAACCCAUCUAUGGCAACUUUUUUGGUGUCGUGGCGGCCAUUGGAGCACAACAUGAGCAUAUUACGGUCGACGAUCUCGAUUUUCCCAACGACUGGUCCAUCACCGGCCUGAUUAGCACGGAAAUGCACAGCGUGAGACACGACCAGCCAAGACUGAUGGCCUACUGCGAAAUGAUGACAAACAUUCGAUACUACCAACAACAAUGGUUUAUAGGCCAGACCCCCGACGAUGGCGAGUAUGGUAGCCUUGCCCAUUCGAUUCUCUGGCCUCAGGCCGAAUGGCCCGACGACGAGGAUGGGCAGCCAGAGUUGAAUGAGCCGUCUCCAUUCAGCUUCGUCCAGACCAUCUUGGAGUUCAUCAUCUAUGACCAAGCAAACUUUAAGCAAGCUGCAGAUGCUGGCAACGACGUCAUACAACAAAUCGUUGUGCAGUGUAUCGAGGCAAAGCCCUUGGUCAAUGCAGCUUUCGACCGAUUGUUGGACAGGACAAUGCUGGCUCACGAGGCCGAGAUUGCUCAAGAUACAGAGGGUCACUGGCAGACCUAUAUUGAUGGUAUCGCUCGAACAUCCUCGGAACUGUGGGACGCAGAGUUGUACAGCUCCCCCUACGCCUUUAUCGUGGUCCUCCGGAUCGGUCUCGAGUCAACGGUUGCCGUUGAAGGAGGCUACGUAGAGUCUGCAAAGCUCAUUCUGGACAACCAAUCCCUGGCCCUCCGCCAAAUCAUUCACCGGUAUCGACACGGCGACGACACUACGCGGCUGGAUCCUCUACCCGGCAAACCAGGUGGUCUUCACGAAGGUCGCUGGGCGUACUGGACACGCAUCAUCCAGGCCAUGGUGGCGUCGGAACCUCAUGGAAGGGACAGCAUACACCGCGAAGAAGGAGGCCAGAACCUAAGAGAUAUCAAAAAGGUUUGGGGAACAAUCAAGUGGGCAGAGGAUUCUGUGCCAGUGCUCCAGGAUCAGGUACCAAAGGUCGAGAGACGCAUACUACACGAGGGGGAGUUGCAGCGCAGUAGAAAGACAUGGUAA